GGCGCGGGGCGGGGCCGACGACGCCGGGCUGGCCGAGCUCCGCUGCUGCUUCUGGGCAGCUCCGGCGCUGAGGAGGCAACCGGGAGGGAAGCCAGAGAAGCUUCCCUGGCGCUGUCCAACAUGGAGAAGCUGCCGGGCGCCGGCAAAGCCUGCGGACUGGACUGAGCUCGCGCCACUUCCCCAGGCAGCCGGGAGGGCGCGGAGCCCCUAGGGCUGGGCAGCCUGCAUUCCCCAGGGCGGACCCCGGCUGGCGGGGCUCGGACGGCCGCGGGCUUCUGCACCGGGACGUGUCCCGCCGAGCCAUGGGCAACGAGGCGAGCUUGGAAGGGGAAGGGCUCCCGGAAGGGCUGGCGGCGGCCGCAGGCGGGGCUGGCGGCUCGGGGAGCGCCCUGCACCCCGGGAUCCCAGCCGGCAUGGAGGCGGACCUGAGCCAGCUGAGCGAGGAGGAGAGGAGACAGAUCGCUGCUGUCAUGUCAAGGGCGCAGGGGCUGCCCAAGGGAAGCGUCCCCGCGGCCGCUGCGGAGUCGCCCUCCAUGCACAGGAAACAAGAGUUGGAUAGUAGUCAGGCUCCACAGCAACCUAGAAAGCCACCGGACCCUGGGCGUCCCACUCAGCCCGGUCUUAGCAAAAGCAGAACUACGGACACCUUUAGGUCUGAGCAGAAGCUGCCCGGGAGGAGCCCGUCCACUAUUAGCUUGAAAGAGUCCAAGUCCAGAACUGAUUUUAAGGAAGAAUACAAGACUAGUAUGAUGCCUGGUUUCUUCUCAGAUGUUAACCCUUUAAGUGCUGUCUCCUCUGUUGUAAAUAAGUUCAACCCUUUUGAUUUGAUAUCAGACUCUGAGGCAUCCCAGGAGGAAACGACAAAGAAACAAAAAGUUGUUCAGAAGGACCAAGGGAAAUCAGAAGGAAUCACGAAACCUCCCUCACAGCAACCAUCACCCAAGUCGAUCCCUAAACAGCAAGGACCAGGGAAGGAAGAGAUCCAACAAGAGAGCUCUCCGAAGUCAACAGCGUCCCAGCAAGCAGAAAAGAUAAAACCACAAGCCCCUGGCACAGUAAAACCUUCCCAGCAGAGUUCAGCCCAAACACCAGCUCAGCAAGCAAGUCCUGGAAAACCUGUAGCCCAACAGCCUGGACCUGGAAAGGCCGCAGCGCAGCAACCGGGGCCAGCAAAGUCCCCAGCUCAAGCAGCAGGGACAGGGAAAUCCCCAGCACAACCUCCCGUGACAGCCAAGGCCCCAGCUCAGCAGGCUGGAUUAGAGAAGACCUCUUCUCAGCAGUCUGGGCCAAAGUCUCUAGCUCAGACUCCUGGUCAUGGAAAGUUUCCACCAGGGCCAGGAAAGUCCCCAGCCCAACAGCCAGGGACAGCAAAACUCCCAGCUCAACAGCCUGGCCCACAGACUGCAGCUAAGGUACCUGGGCCUACAAAAACUCCAGCUCAGCAGCCUGGUCCUGGGAAGACACCAGCUCAACAGCCAGGUCCAACAAAGCCUUCACCUCAGCAGCCCAUUGCAGCAAAGCCCCAGCCUCAACAACCUGUUGCCACAAAACCUCAAACUCAACAGCCUGUCCCAGCAAAGCCCCAGCCUCAACAACCUGUUGCCACAAAACCUCAGACUCAACAGCCUGUCCCAGCAAAGCCCCAGCCUCCACAGCCCGUCCCAGCAAAGCCCCAGCCUCCACAGCCCGUCCCAGCAAAGCCCCAGCCUCCACAGCCUGUCCCAGCAAAGCCCCAGCCUCCACAGCCCGUCCCAGCAAAGCCCCAGCCUCAACAGCCAAGCCUGGCAAAACGUUCAGCUCAACAACCUGCUAAAUCGAUAAGCCAAGCAGUAACUGGAAGACCUCUGCAACCGCCACCGUCUGCAGCACAGACUCCAGCAAAAGGCCUCUCUAAAACCAUCUGUCCUCUUUGCAACACCACUGAACUUCUGUUGCACACUCCAGAAAAGGCCAAUUUUAACACUUGUACUGAGUGUCAAACCACCGUCUGUAGCCUCUGUGGGUUUAACCCCAAUCCUCAUCUAACUGAGAUCAAAGAGUGGCUCUGUUUGAACUGUCAGAUGCAAAGAGCUCUGGGAGGUGAACUAGCGGCAAUCCCAUCUUCACCGCAGCCAACCCCAAAGGCUGCCUUAGGACCUACACCAACAGCCAGCAAAUCACCUGUACCAUCGCAGCCGGCUUCCCCAAAGAAGGAACCUCCGUCCAAACAGGACAGCCCCAAAGCACUGGAGUCAAAAAAACCACCGGAGUCGAAAAAGCCCCCGCCACUGGUGAAACAGCCAACCCUUCAUGGACCUACCCCAGCUACAGCCCCACAGCCUCCAGUGGCAGAGGCCUUACCGGAGCCAGCCCCUCCCAAGGAGCCUUCUGCAGCCCUACCUGAACCAGCCAAGGCCCCUGUUGCAGAUGUUGAACCAAAGCAACCCAAGACGACAGAGACACUCACAGAUGCCCAGUCUUCAGCAGCAGCAACAGCAAAGGCUGAUAUUCUGAGCUCUCAAGUGCAGUCACAGGCUCAAGGGAAAACAGCCCCUUCUUUGAGAACAGACUCUACCAAACCUUCACAGAGUUUCCCACCGACAGGAGAAAAAAUUACUCCACUUGAUUCUAAAGCCAUGCCCAGGCCUGCAUCAGACUCAAAAAUUAUUUCACACCCUGGGCCCAGUUCUGAGAGCAAGGAUCCAAUUCCGAAGAAGGAGGAGCCUAAGAAAGCACAAACCAAGCUGAUCCCUAAACCAGAUACAAAGCCAGUGCCAAAAGGAUCACCAGCACCGUCUGGCACACGACCUACCACUGGCCAAGCCGCACCCCAGUCUCAGCAGCCCCCGAAGCCUCAGGAGCAGUCAAGACGGUUCAGUUUGAAUCUGGGUGCUAUUAGUGAUGCCCCCAAAUCACAGCCCACAACUCCUCAAGAAACUGUGACAGGGAAACUAUUCGGGUUUGGAGCAUCCAUCUUUAGCCAAGCAUCAAACUUAAUUUCCACAGCAGGCCAGCAAGCACCUCACCCGCAGACUGGGCCAGCUGUCCCAUCAAAGCAAGCCCCUACCCCAUCCCAGACGCCCGCUGCUCAGGGACCACCCAAGUCCACAGGUCAGCUCCCACCAGCACCUGCCAAGACGACUGCUGGGAAGAAAGAAACAAAAGCCCCGGCAGCUGAAAACUUAGAGUCCAAACCCGAGCAAGCUCCAACAGCGAAGAAGACGACAGAGAAAGACAAGAAGCCCCUACCUGGGAAGGUCAGCAAGCCUCUGCCUGCAGAGCCCGAAAAGGCUAUCCUCACCCAGAAGCCAGACAAGACCACCAAACCCAAACCAGCUUGUCCUCUCUGCAGAACUGAACUCAACACAGGGUCCCAGGAUCCUCCCAACUUCAACACCUGCACGGAAUGCAAGAACCAAGUUUGCAAUCUCUGUGGAUUUAACCCAACGCCCCACCUGACUGAGAUUCAAGAAUGGCUUUGUUUAAACUGCCAGACACAGAGAGCAGUAUCAGGGCAACUUGGAGAUAUGGGCAAAAUGCCACCUGCAUCCUCAGGACCCAGAGCAUCCCCAGUGCCUGCCCCUGCAGAACCCUCAUCUCAGAAAACACCCACAGGGGCCCGCGCAAAAGGUAAAAAGAAGGAAACAGAAGUAAAAACGGAAACUGAAAAAACGAUCCCAGAAAAAGAGACACCGUCAAUUGAGAAAACUCCUCCAACGGUCACCACAGAUCAAAAGCUCGAAGAAAGUGAAGUAACGAAAAGCAAAGUUUCGGCCCCGCCGGAGAAGAAACCAUCUGAGGAAGAAAAAGCACUACCUGCAGAUAAAGUGGCAAAGAAGCCACCUGCUGAAGAAAAGCCACCGCUUGAAGAAAAGAAGCCAACCCCUGAUCACAAGAAAUUACCUCCAGAAGCAAAACCCUUGGCCUCAGAGGGAGAAGAGAAACAUGAAAUACUUAAAGCUCACAUACAGAUUCCCGAAGAAGAACCCAUAGGCAAAGUGGCUGCAAUGGCCGGUGAAGGAGAGCAGCAGACAGACACCAGGCCUAAAGAUCUGCCAGGAGCCACACCUCAGACAUUACCCAAGGAGAGAGAGAAGGAGAGCAGAGCGCUAACACAGCCGCAGGCAGAAGGCACGGCAAAGGAUGGCCGAGGGGAGCCAAGCAAAGGAAAGACCGAGAAGGAAGAGGACAAAUCAGACACGUCCAGUUCUCAGCAACCCAAGAGCCCACAGGGCCUGAGUGACACAGGAUAUUCUUCUGAUGGAAUAUCAGGUUCCCUUGGGGAAAUCCCAAGUCUUAUACCCAGUGAUGAGAAAGAUUUGCUGAAAGGACUCAAAAAAGACUCUUUCUCACAAGAAAGCAGCCCCUCCAGCCCCUCAGACUUAGCCAAGUUGGAAAGUACAGUACUAUCCAUUUUGGAAGCUCAGGCAAGUACACUUGUUGGUGAAAAAGCAGAAAUGAAAACACAGCCCCAGAAGGUUUCUCCUGAAAAGCCUCAGGACCAGCAGAAAUCUCAGACUCCAGCUGAAACACAGGAUAUUACUCUCUCAGAAGAGGAGAUCAAAGAGAGUCAAGAAAAGAAAAUUAGUUCCAAAAAGGAUAGCGAACAAGGUUUUCCUUCCAGGACGGAACACAAAGAGAAGCCUGAGCUGGUUGAUGACCUAAGUCCGCGAAGAGCAUCCUAUGAUUCGGUUGAAGACAGCAGUGAAAGUGAAAACUCCCCUGUUGCACGCAGGAAGCGGAGAACUAGUAUUGGCUCAUCCAGCAGUGAUGAGUAUAAACAGGAAGACAGUCAAGGUUCGGGGGAAGAGGAGGACUUCAUUCGAAAACAGAUUAUAGAAAUGAGCGCUGAUGAGGAUGCUUCAGGCUCUGAGGAUGAAGAGUUCAUCAGGAGUCAGCUCAAAGAGAUCGGUGGUGUUACUGAGAGCCAGAAGAAAGAGGAAUCAAAGGGAAAAGGAAAAAGCGCAGCAGGGAAACACAGACGACUGACUCGAAAGAGUAGUACCAGCUUCGACGAUGAUGCAGGGAGACGUCAUUCCUGGCAUGACGAGGAUGAUGAAACUUUUGAUGAAAGUCCAGAACUCAAAUUCCGAGAAACUAAAAGUCAGGAGAGCGAGGAACUCGUUGUUGCAGGAGGAGGAGGGUUACGCCGAUUUAAGACAAUAGAACUCAACAGUACAGUAACAGAUAGGUACUCUGCAGAAUCCUCUCAGAAAAAGACAACUUUGUAUUUUGAUGAAGAGCCAGAAUUAGAAAUGGAAAGUCUGACGGACUCACCUGAGGACAGAUCUAGAGGAGAGGGAUCCUCUAGUCUCCAUGCAUCCAGCUUCACUCCUGGCACAUCCCCUACAUCAGUAUCAUCACUUGAUGAGGACAGUGACAGUAGCCCAAGUCACAAAAAAGGAGAAAGCAAGCAACAGCGCAAAGCCCGGCACAGGUCACACGGCCCUCUCUUACCUACCAUUGAAGAUUCGUCAGAGGAAGAAGAACUAAGAGAGGAAGAAGAAUUAUUAAAAGAGCAAGAGAAGCAGAGAGAACUGGAGCAGCAACAGAGGAAGAGUUCUAGUAAGAAAUCAAAGAAAGACAAAGAUGAACUUCGAGCUCAGAGAAGGAGAGAAAGACCAAAGACACCGCCUAGUAAUCUCUCUCCCAUUGAGGAUGCAUCUCCCACAGAAGAACUGCGCCAGGCAGCAGAAAUGGAGGAGCUCCAUAGGUCCUCUUGUUCUGAGUACUCACCUAGCAUAGAAUCAGACCCAGAAGGAUUUGAAAUAAGCCCUGAGAAAAUAAUAGAAGUUCAGAAAGUUUAUAAAUUGCCCACAGCUGUGUCUUUAUACUCACCAACAGAUGAGCAAUCUGUUAUGCAGAAAGAAGGUGUUCAGAAGGCUUUAAAAACUGCUGAGGAGAUGUAUGAAGAAAUGAUGCACAAACCCCACAAAUAUAAAGCUUUUCCAGCUGCAAAUGAACGAGAUGAAGUGUUUGAAAAAGAGCCAUUGUAUGGUGGUAUGUUAAUAGAGGACUACAUUUAUGAAUCUUUAGUGGAGGACACAUACAAUGGAUCAGUAGAUAGCAGCCUGCUCACCAGGCAAGAUGAACAAAAUGGAUUUAUGCAGCAGAGAGGAAGAGAGCAAAAAAUAAGACUCCAGGAACAGAUUUAUGACGAUCCUAUGCAGAAAAUUACAGACCUCCAGAAAGAGUUUUAUGAAUUAGAAAGCUUACACUCUGUUGUGCCUCAAGAAGACAUUGUUUCAAGCUCUUAUAUCAUUCCAGAAAGCCAUGAGAUAGUGGAUCUGGGUAGCAUGGUAACUUCUACCAGUGAAGAAAAGAAAUUAUUGGAUGCUGAUGCUGCUUAUGAAGAGCUCAUGAAGCGGCAACAGAUGCAGAUAACAGAUGGAUCCAGCCUCAUACAGACUACCAUCGGGGAUGACAUGGCAGAGUCCACUCUGGACUUUGACAGGGUGCAAGAUGCAUCUUUGACAUCAAGUAUCCUUUCUGGAGCAUCUCUUACAGACUCAACCAGCAGUGCAACUCUCUCUAUCCCAGAUGUUAAGAUAACGCAACAUUUCUCAACAGAAGAACUUGAGGAUGAAUAUGUAACUGAUUAUACAAGAGAAAUUCAAGAGAUAAUUGCCCAUGAAUCUCUGAUAUUAACCUACUCUGAGCCUUCAGAAAGUGCUACAUCUGUCCCUCCUUCUGACACACCUUCUCUUACGUCAUCUAUUUCUUCAGUUUGCACCACAGAUAGCUCCUCACCUGUCACUACGCUCGAUAGCCUAACAACUGUUUAUACAGAGCCAGCAGAUGUCAUAGCUAAAUUUAAAGACUCUGAGGAAAUUUCUUCAACUUAUUUUCCAGGCAGCAUUAUCGACUACCCAGAAGAUAUAAGUGCAUCUUUAGAUCGGACCAUCACACCAGAAAGUAGAACUAAUGCUGAUCAGGUUGUGAUUUCUUUCUCGGGUAUAGCACCUCCUAUCACAGAAUCUGGAGGAGCUGAACCUGCGAGGCCACAAGCUGACACCAUUUCCACUGACUUACCUAUAUCUGGAAAGGAUUUAAUAAAAGGCCAGAAAGAAACUGGGGAUGGAAUUAUUCUGGAAGUUUUGGAUGCUUACAAAGAUAAAAGGGAAGAGUCUGAGACUGAACUCAGAAAAAUUAGCUUACCUGAGACUGGGGUGGCCCAAGCACCUUCUUCUGUAAUAGCCCCUCAAAUUAAGGAACAACCUAUAUCACCACAUUCUGUAUCUGGAAAGAUCUCUGAUCAGGAAAAGCCCACAUACAGGUUACCAUCUGGCAGCCAUCCAUCUAAAUCUCACCCAUUUUUCCGAAGUUCUUCUUUGGACAUAUCAGCUCAACCACCCCCUCCUCCUCCACCCCCUCCUCCUCCUCCUCCACCCCCUCCUCCUCCCCCACCCCCACCAUUGCCUCCAGCAACUGCUCCUAAGCCACCCACUUAUCCUAAAAAAAAGUUGGCAGCUGCAGCUCUAGUAACUCCAACUACUAUCGUUACAACCCAUGCUGAUGCUAUUACUACUGUAGAGGCCACAGCUGCCCGAAGGAGCAAUGGGUUACCUGCAACUAAAAUAGGUGCUACUGCACCUCCUCCUGUCCCUCCUAAGCCUUCAUCAAUUCCAACUGGACUGGUAUUUACACAUAGGCCAGAGGCAAGCAAACCUCCAAUUGCCCCAAAGCCGGCAGUUCCUCAGAUUCCGGUGACUACACAGAAAACAACAGAUACAUGCCCCAAACCAACAGGCCUAUCUUUAACAUCAAGUAUGUCCUUAAAUUUAGUGACUUCAGCAGACUACAAACUGCCUUCCCCUACCUCUCCACUUUCCCCACACUCUAAUAAAUCCUCACCAAGAUAUUCUAAGUCUCUCAUGGAGACUUAUGUGGUUAUUACAUUGCCCUCUGAACCUGGGACUCCAACAGAGUCUUCUGCUGCUCAAGCCAUUACAAGUUGGCCCUUGGGAUCACCUCCAAAGGAUCUGGUUUCCCUUGAAACAGUAUUUUCUGUAGUUCCUCCCAUGACAGCUACAGAAGUUCCAAGUGCUUCACAGCCAACCCUAUAUACAUUUGGAGGUUUGGGGACAUUUUCUGCUACCCCUGUUGUAACAUCAUCUCUCUUUCAAACAGUACCAACUCCACUUACACAGUUUCUUCCAACAGAAACUUCAAAACCUGAAGUUUCUGCAGUGAGAAGUGCAGUCCCAAGUGUUGCUCCCAGAAGUGUUUCCAUACCAAUUCCUCCAGAGCCUCUUGCUUUAGACAGGCAUCAGUAUAAGGAAAAUGGAAAGCUGCCACUUAUUGGAGAUGCCAUUGAUUUGCGUACAAUACCAAAAACAGAAGCUGAAGUAACUGAAAAAUGUAUGGAUCUUUCUGCUUCUGCAAUGGAUGUGAAAAGGCAAACUGCAGCGAAUGAAGUUCAUAGACGACAAAUUAGUGCCGUCCAACCGUCUAUCAUAAACCUCAGUGCAGCUUCCUCCUUGGUAACUCCAAUUGCCAUGGAUUCUAAGGCAGUGUCUGUUGUCACAUGCACAGACACUACAAUUUACACAACAGGCACAGAAAGCCAAGUGGGUAUAGAACAUGCAGUAACAUCACCACUCCAGCUUACUACAUCAAAACAUGCUGAGUUACCAUACAUGAAACCUGGUAGCCAGAGUUUUCCUAUUCGAGAUGAAGCACCGAUAAACUUAUCAUUAGGUCCUUCCACUCAGGCAGUGACAUUGGCUGUCACAAAGCCUGUCACUGUGCCUCCUGUUGGUGUAACAAAUGGAUGGACUGACAGCACCGUGUCUCAGGGGAUCUCUGAUGGAGAAGUGGUAGAUCUCAGCACGUCAAAGUCUCAUAGAACUGUUGUGACAAUGGAUGAAUCUACUUCAAAUGUGGUGACUAAAAUCGUAGAAGAUGAUGAAAAACCAGUUGAUUUGACUGCAGGAAGACGAGCUGUGUGCUGUGACAUGGUUUACAAGUUGCCUUUUGGAAGGAGCUGCACAGCACAGCAGCCUGCAACUACCCUUCCUGAAGACCGUUUUGGUUAUAGGGAUGACCACUAUCAAUAUGAUAGAUCAGGGUCAUAUGGUUACAGAGGGAUUGGUGGAAUGAAACCUUCCAUGUCAGACACUAACUUAGCAGAAGCUGGACAUUUUUUCUAUAAAAGUAAGAAUGCUUUUGAUUAUUCUGGAGGAACUGAUGCAGCAGUAGAUCUAACUUCAGGGAGAGUGUCUACAGGUGAGGUAAUGGAUUAUUCAAGCAAGACUACAGGUGCAUACCCAGAAACACGCCAAGUCAUUUCAGGAGUUGGGAUUAGUACCCCGCAGUAUUCCACAGCAAGAAUGACUCCACCUCCUGGACCCCAGUAUGGUGUGGGAAGUGUUUUGAGGUCAUCUAAUGGUGUUGUCUAUUCUUCAGUAGCAACUCCAAUCCCCUCCACAUUUGCUAUCACCACUCAACCAGGCUCCAUUUUCAGCACCACAGUCAGGGAUUUAUCUGGCAUUCAUACAACAGAUGCAAUAACUUCAUUAUCAGCCCUGCAUCAAAGCCAGCCAAUGCCUAGAUCGUAUUUCAUAACAACAGGUGCAUCAGAAACAGACAUCUCAGUCACCAGUAUUGAUAUCAAUGCCAGCCUGCAAACUAUUUCUAUGGAAACUCUUCCUGCUGAGACAAUGGACUCUGUUCCUACCUUAACCACGGCCUCUGAGGUGUUUUCUGAGGUCGUUGGAGAGGAAAGCGCUCUUUUGAUUGUUCCUGAUGAAGACAAACAGCAGCAGCAACUCGACUUGGAGCGAGAGCUCCUGGAACUGGAGAAAAUUAAGCAACAGCGCUUUGCAGAGGAACUGGAGUGGGAACGUCAGGAGAUACAGAGGUUCCGAGAACAAGAAAAAAUCAUGGUUCAAAAGAAACUGGAAGAGCUGCAGUCUAUGAAGCAGCACCUUCUCUAUCAACAAGAGGAGGAGCGGCAGGCCCAGUUCAUGAUGAGACAGGAGACGCUAGCUCAGCAACAGUUACAGCUUGAGCAGAUCCAACAGUUGCAACAACAGCUCCACCAGCAGCUUGAGGAACAAAAACUUCGCCAGAUCUACCAGUAUAACUACGACCCCUCUGGGACCGCUUCUCCACAAACCACCACUGAACAGGCAAUUUUGGAGGGUCAAUAUGCUGCUACCGAGGCCAGUCAGUUUUGGGCCACUGAAGAUGCCACCACAACGGCAUCUACUGUGGUAGCCAUUGAAAUACCACAGAGCCAAGGGUGGUACACGGUUCAGUCUGAUGGUGUGACUCAGUACAUUGCCCCACCUGGAAUCUUAAGCACUGUUUCGGAGAUACCUCUGACAGAUGUUGUUGUAAAAGAGGAGAAACAACCCAAAAAGAGAAGUUCUGGAGCUAAAGUUAGGGGGCAGUAUGAUGAGAUGGGGGAAAGCAUGGCAGAUGAUCCACGGAAUUUAAAAAAGAUAGUGGAUAGUGGUGUGCAAACUGAUGAUGAAGAAACUGCUGAUCGGACUUAUGCAAGUAGGAGAAGAAGAACGAAAAAAAGCGUUGAUACCAGUGUCCAAACUGAUGAUGAAGAUCAGGAUGAAUGGGAUAUGCCUUCUAGGUCCAGGAGAAAAGCGCGAACAGGGAAAUACGGAGAUAGCACGUCAGAGGGUGACAAGACCAAACCCCUUUCCAAAGUCUCCAGUGUAGCAGUUCAGACAGUCGCAGAGAUAUCUGUGCAAACUGAGCCAGUGGGAACCAUAAGAACACCUUCCAUACGAGCACGGGUGGAUGCCAAGGUAGAAAUAAUUAAACACAUUUCAGCACCUGAAAAGACUUACAAAGGGGGCAGCUUAGGAUGCCAAACAGAAACAGAUUCAGACACACAGAGCCCUCCAUAUCUGGGUGCCACAUCUCCACCCAAAGACAAGAAACGCCCAACACCUUUAGAGAUUGGUUACUCCUCUUCUCACCUUCGGGCAGACCCCACAGUCCAGCUGGCUCCUUCCCCACCCAAAUCUCCAAAGGUCCUUUACUCACCCAUCUCACCACUUUCCCCAGGCAACGCCUUAGAACCAGCCUUUGUACCUUAUGAAAAACCCCUCCCUGAUGACAUAAGUCCACAGAAAGUACUCCAUCCAGAUAUGGCUAAAGUUCCCCCGGCAAGCCCUAAGACAGCCAAGAUGAUGCAGCGUUCAAUGUCUGACCCCAAGCCUCUGAGUCCAACAGCAGACGAAAGUUCCAGGGCUCCUUUUCAGUAUUCCGAGGGCUUCACGACUAAAGGUUCUCAAACCAUAACAGCCUCUGGUACUCAGAAAAAAGUGAAGAGAACACUGCCUAACCCCCCUCCUGAGGAGGCAUCCACCGGAACACAGUCAACUUACAGCACCAUGGGCACUGCUUCCAGGAGAAGAAUGUGCAGAACCAAUACCAUGGCUCGAGCCAAGAUUCUCCAGGACAUAGACCGAGAGCUCGACCUCGUGGAAAGGGAGUCUGCCAAGCUUAGAAAGAAGCAAGCAGAACUUGAUGAAGAAGAAAAGGAGAUUGAUGCCAAGCUACGGUAUCUGGAAAUGGGAAUCAACAGGAGAAAAGAAGCAUUAUUGAAGGAGAGAGAAAAGCGAGAGCGCGCCUACUUGCAGGGGGUAGCUGAGGACCGCGACUACAUGUCUGACAGUGAGGUCAGCAGUACUAGACCGAGCCGAGUAGAGAGUCAGCAUGGCAUUGAGCGGCCAAGAACAGCUCCUCAAACUGAAUUCAGCCAGUUCAUUCCACCACAAACCCAAACAGAAGCUCAGCUAGUUCCUCCUACAAGUCCUUACACACAAUACCAGUACUCUUCACCUGCUCUUCCCACCCAAGCCCCGACCCCGUACACUCAGCAAUCUCACUUUCAGCAGCAGACAUUGUACCAUCAACAAGUCUCCCCUUAUCAGACUCAACCAACCUUCCAAGCUGUGGCAACAAUGUCCUUCACACCCCAGGCUCAACCCACUCCAACUCCACAACCAUCCUAUCAAUUACCAUCACAGAUGAUGGUGAUACAACAGAAGCCUCGGCAAACCACGUUGUAUUUGGAGCCUAAGAUAACUUCUAACUAUGAAGUGAUUCGCAACCAACCCCUGAUGAUUGCUCCAGUUUCUACUGAUAAUACAUACGCGGUUUCCCAUCUUGGGAGUAAGUACAACAGUUUAGACCUGAGAAUAGGUUUGGAGGAAAGAAGCAGCAUGGCAAGCAGUCCAAUAUCAAGCAUAUCUGCAGACUCCUUCUAUGCAGACAUUGACCACCACACUUCACGGAAUUAUGUCCUAAUAGAUGACAUUGGAGAUAUUACCAAAGGGACAGCGGCUUUGAGCACUGCAUUUAGUCUUCAUGAAAAGGAUCUGUCCAAAACAGAUCGUCUCCUUAGGACCACUGAGACACGGAGGUCUCAAGAAGUGACAGACUUCCUAGCGCCUCUGCAGACAUCCUCCAGAUUGCACAGCUAUGUGAAAGCAGACGAGGAUCCGAUGGAGGAUCCUUACGAGUUAAAGCUUCUGAAACAUCAGAUUAAGCAAGAAUUCCGUAGAGGCACAGAGAGCUUAGAUCACCUUGCCGGUCUUUCACAUUAUUACCAUGCUGAUACUAGCUAUAGACACUUCCCCAAGUCCGAAAAGUAUAGCAUCAGUAGACUCACCCUUGAAAAGCAAGCUGCCAAACAAUUACCUGCAGCCAUACUUUACCAAAAGCAAUCAAAGCAUAAGAAAUCACUAAUUGACCCUAAAAUGUCUAAGUUUUCACCUAUUCAAGAAAGUAGAGACCUCGAACCUGACUAUCCCACUUACAUGAGUUCUAGCACGUCAUCCAUUGGCGGUAUUUCUUCUAGGGCAAGGCUUCUUCAAGAUGAUAUCACAUUUGGCCUCAGAAAAAAUAUUACAGAUCAACAAAAAUUUAUGGGCUCAUCUCUUGGGUCAGGACUGGGCACGUUAGGAAAUACCAUCCGGUCAGCUCUACAGGAUGAAGCAGAUAAGCCAUAUACCAGUGGGAGCAGGUCUAGGCCUUCCUCUAGGCCUUCCUCUGUCUAUGGACUUGAUUUAUCAAUUAAGAGGGAUUCUUCCAGCUCAUCGCUAAGAUUGAAAGCUCAGGAGGCUGAAGCUCUGGAUGUCUCCUUUGGCCAUUCUUCUUCUGCCAGAACUAAACCCACCAGCUUACCAAUCAGCCAAAGUAGAGGAAGAAUACCAAUCGUGGCCCAGAAUUCAGAAGAAGAAAGUCCGCUAAGUCCUGUUGGCCAGCCAAUGGGAAUGGCCAGGGCUGCGGCUGGACCCUUGCCUCCCAUCUCUGCUGAUACAAGGGAUCAAUUUGGAUCAAGCCACUCUUUGCCUGAAGUUCAGCAACACAUGAGAGAAGAGUCACGGACAAGGGGUUAUGACCGUGACAUAGCAUUCAUCAUGGAUGACUUCCAACAUGCUAUGUCUGACAGUGAAGUUGCAGUUGCAAUGUAUGAUGUUUCCUUGGUCCCCAAAGCCUAUCACUUGCGUCGGGAGGAAACGGAUUGGUUUGAUAAACCCAGGGAGUCUCGGUUGGAAAAUGGCCAUGGUCUGGACCGGAAACUGCCAGAAAGACUGGUUCACUCUAGACCCCUCAGUCAACAUCAAGAGCAAAUUCUGCAGAUGAAUGGGAAGACAAUGCACUACAUCUUUCCUCAUGCAAGGAUAAAAAUAACCAGAGACUCUAAGGACCACACAGUUUCAGGUAAUGGGCUAGGAAUUAGAAUUGUUGGUGGUAAAGAAAUCCCUGGACAUAGUGGAGAAAUUGGAGCCUAUAUUGCUAAGAUUCUUCCUGGUGGAAGUGCAGAACACACAGGGAAACUUAUAGAAGGAAUGCAAGUUUUGGAAUGGAAUGGGAUCCCCUUAACUUCUAAAACAUAUGAAGAAGUACAGAGCAUCAUUAAUCAGCAAAGUGGGGAAGCAGAAAUAUGUGUAAGACUGGACCUCAAUAUGUUGUCAGACUCCGAAAAUCCCCAGCAUCUGGAACUUCAUGAGCCACCAAAAGUUGUGGAUAAGGCAAAGUCUCCAGGCGUGGAUCCCAAGCAGUUGGCGGCAGAGCUGCAGAAAGUCUCACUCCAGCAAUCCCCACUGGUCAUGUCGUCGGUCGUGGAGAAAGGGUCUCAUGCUCACUCAGGUCCCACAUCAGCAGGAUCCAGUUCUGUUCCCAGCCCCGGGCAGCCAGGGUCGCCUUCAGUAAGCAAAAAGAAGCACAGCAGCACAAAGCCUACUGAUGCGACCAAGGCUGCCUCUCACCCAAUUACAGGAGAGAUUCAGCUUCAAAUUAACUAUGAUCUUGGGAAUCUUAUAAUACAUAUUCUUCAAGCAAGAAACCUAGUCCCCAGAGACAACAAUGGCUACUCUGACCCAUUUGUUAAGGUGUACUUACUUCCAGGACGAGGUCAAGUCAUGGUUGUCCAAAAUGCAAGUGCUGAAUACAAGAGAAGGACUAAAUAUGUCCAGAAAAGUCUUAAUCCCGAGUGGAAUCAAACAGUAAUUUAUAAAAGUAUUUCCAUGGAGCAGCUCAUCAAGAAGACCUUGGAGGUGACAGUUUGGGAUUAUGAUAGAUUCUCUUCCAACGACUUCCUCGGAGAGGUAUUGAUUGAUUUAUCUAGCACAUCUCAUCUGGACAACACUCCUCGGUGGUAUCCACUGAAAGAACAGACUGAGAGCAUUGACCAUGGCAAGUCUCACUCCAGUCAAAACAGCCAGCAGUCCCCAAAGCCCUCUGUGAUCAAAAGCAGAAGCCAUGGUAUCUUCCCUGACCCAUCCAAGGAUAUGCAGGUUCCCACCAUUGAGAAAUCCCACAGUAGUCCUGGUAGCUCAAAAUCAUCAUCUGAAGGCCAUCUCCGAUCUCAUGGACCGUCUCGCAGUCAAAGCAAAACCAGUGUCGCCCAGACCCACCUGGAAGAUGCAGGGGCGGCCAUAGCCGCAGCUGAAGCUGCUGUGCACCAACUCCGCAUUCAACCAACCAAUGGCAACCAAGACCAAAGCCAGCUAGCCCUCAGGAAGGUGAUGUCCGAUGGACCAGUCAAGCCAGAAGGAGCAAAGCCCACCAACCACCGUCCUGCAGAGAGCUCCGUGUCCACUGGCUCCUCGGGCAGCAGCGUUGGCAGUGGGUAUAGCGUGGACAGUGAAGGAGGCAGCUGUGUGGCAGGGGAGCCUAAUCUACUUCCUAUCCCAAGGAUAGGAAAGAUGGGACAGAAUGGACAAGACCCUGUGAAACAGCCAGGAAUGGGAGCAAUAGAUUCAGAGGCUAAAACUCAAGUAAUGGGAGAAAUCAAGCUAGCACUGAAAAAGGAAAUGAAAACGGAUGGUGAACAACUAGUAGUUGAAAUUCUCCAGUGCAGAAAUAUUACCUACAAAUUUAAGUCUCCGGAUCAUUUACCAGAUUUAUAUGUGAAAAUAUAUGUGAUAAACAUCUCCACCCAAAAAAAGGUUAUUAAAAAGAAAACAAGGGUGUGCCGACAUGAUCGAGAGCCUUCCUUCAAUGAAACUUUUAGAUUUAGCCUAAGUCCUGCGGGCCAUUCACUUCAGAUUUUACUUUUCUCUAAUGGAGGGAAGUUUAUGAAGAAGACCUUGAUUGGGGAAGCUUGUAUCUGGCUUGAUAAAGUGGAUCUGAGAAAAAGAAUCGUCAAUUGGCACAAACUGUUGGUGAGUCCUACUCAAACACACUGAAGAUGUGACUGCUCAGGGUGAGGAAGCAGGGCUCCUUAGCCUUAGUCCGAGACUGUAGUUGAACACUACUGUGCUGAUCUAUGUUUUCAGGGACAAACAUGAGAUCAAACACAACAAGCAAACAAACGGCAUUGCUGUGGGAUACAAAGAGAUUUUAAAAGUUCACAUGUUGAAAGCAAACUGAUGAAAACAGGCCAGAGACACUGGAUUGCUCAUAGCUGUGAAGAGAAACUGUGAAAGAAGAUUUGAUUUUUUAAGAUAAAUGUGUUUGAUCAGACUGAGCUAGAACUGAAAAAAGAGGCACAGAGGUUAUUAUGGUGAAAUAUAGUGUGAAAGCAAUUGCUCAUACACACAUAAUCUUGUUUGAAAAAAAAAACUGAUGUAAUGAAUCAUGGUUUUCAAAAGAUAAAAACUCCUUGUCUUAUAUUCUCAUAAAACUUCCUGUUCUGGAAUUCCAACAUAAGUUUAAAUUCUGAGUUUUCUACAGGACCAGAAGGUGAAUGUGUUUAUGGGGGAAAUUAAACCAGAGUUAUGAACAAUGGAUUUUAGAUUCCAAGGUGCAUGUUUUCCCUAUGUCUAUGUUAGAAAGCUGUACAACAGUAGGUCUGAAUUCUAUGUGGCAAAAGCACAUCAGCUUUGGUAUAAUUUAAAAUAGUGAAGAGUGAAGAUAAUAGUAGGUUAAAGUGAAUUUGUAUUUAUCUAGAAAUAAAAAAAAAAUUAGAGACUGGAUAUUAAAGAAGAAUAUUAAGUCACAAAAUAUGUACCUUGGUUGAAAAUAUUACAAUCUUCAUAAUUUUCAUCAAGUCAAAGUGUCCUCACCUGUACACACCAAGGUAUCUAGAUGAAUUCAUGUGCCCUAAGAAGAGGGCUGUUUGAUCACUGAGGAACUGUUAUUACAUGUAUUAUACUGCACACAUUUCCUUUCUCUUGCAUAAUGUACUGUCAGAGACGUAAACUUAUUGUUCUGGCAAACAAACUAUAUUUGUCAUAUAACACUGAUUAAACUCUUGUCAUUUCCCAAUUUUUCAUGUUUUUUUUCCUCUAAACUCAAUGGCUACAUAAUGACAAUUCAGAUACCAAUGUCAUGUUCCUUCUCCUAUUCUGCUUUCUUGCUAGUGAUAUCUCAAUUAGAAGUCGCCUAUGAUGGGAAAGAAUGUAAAAAGUCAAUGUUUGAAAUUAUUCAUAUUUGACUUACUUUAAUAAUAUAGACUCAAACAACCAAUGUAUGAAUCAUUAAGGUGAAGCAUUCUCUUCCCCAUCAACCAUCAAUGCCAAUAAAGAAAGUAACACAGAAGUUGUGGGAAGUAUACUCAGCUGGGAUGAAAAUCCUGGCUUCUAGUCCUGAUUUUACUACUUACUUUGUACAUAUCACCUUGCAAAUGUCAUUUAAAUUUAUUUUCCUCCAAAAUAACGGUGUAAAAAGAGAUAUAUGAGACAGGAAAGCACAUUUGCAAAUAUAGCUCUAUAUAUAAACUGAGAGUUAAUUUUUAUGUAGCUUUUUAGUUCUCAAGUUUUAUAUGUGAGAAAUGACUUCAAACUAUUGGUGAGCAUCAGCAUGGGGAAAAAAGUAAGUUGUUCCAAAACUCAUUUGUAUUUAAAUAGAAACUUUCAUUUAGCCUGAAAGAGACUGAAUAUUAAGUAAAAAUUAUUUGUCACACCAAAUUUAUUAAAGUACAUGGUUAUAAUCCCAUUCCUAAACCCUACCCAAAAUAAACCAAAUUGCUUUGUGGAGUUUUUAAGCUAAAAAUUGUUACUUUAUUUAAGAUGAAAUUCUAGUAGGAGUACAGGAAAUCAACUUAAAAUUAUUGGUUGUAUAUUGAAUUUUCUCAUAUUCUAGAGAAAAACAUUAAAUUUGAAAGUAAUGUCAAACACUGGGAGUAAAGAAUUUCCAGUAUAUGACAAAUUGUAUAUCUUACACUGAUUAAAACAAUAUAUAAAUCUACAUUGGUUGUCCUAAAAUACCACCACUCUCUCCCCUCCACCUUUGGUCCUUCCUUCCAGACAAUGCGAUACGAUUUACCACUGAUAGUCUUCUAAACUGAAGAAUGGGAGAUGCGAAUUUUCAAAGCUAGGAUAUUGCAACCAUUUCAGUUUUAGAGGCUACUAGAUCUGCUGGUUGGUUGCCAUGGAUAUUUCCAGCACACAAUUGCUUGAGGAAGCCUAAAAUCAGUCACAAGGGAGAAGGGAAGAAGUGUAAGAGGAUCUUCUGACAUCAGAAGGCUCUGCCAUUUGCUCUUCACAGUAGUCUCUGGUUCAUCCCUGAUCCUGUUCUACAGCACUGGUCCUCCAAGGGUUCCCUGAAAGAUUGUAUGGCAUGGUAGCUUACUCCGUUCUAGUUACACCUUACACAGAGGGACCACCAGAGCAAGAUCAUCCUGAGUAGCUAGCUAUUAAGCCUGAAAGAAUGGAAGGCUUCCUAAUACAGUUGCCCCUCCAUUCUAAAAAACUAGCCAUGGGGUUAAAUCAAUCAGACCAAUCAAGGGAGUCAGUGAUGGAGCUUCUGAUCAUGCACCAGCAUUCCCUUGAGAAAGAGAAAGAUCCUGCCAGUGUGCCACGUUUGCAGGUGUUGAAACUCCUAGGUUGUAACUGGAAUUGCUCUAUGCAACACCAAUUCUUAUAUGAAUGCACCUCUGAGGGAUGCUGAUAGCCUUUCUCACCACAAAACUAUUUCUUUUCUAAUUGCAAAUAGGGCUCUUAGUGUUUUUUUACUUUUUUGUAAAAACACAAUACAUGAUUUUCCAUUUUUAUUUUAUUUUAUGUUAUUAGAAUUAGCUUUUUUAUCUUAGUACAGUUUAUAAUCUCUAAUUCCUACAUUAGUAAUCUUCUUGCAACACUUAAACCGUGAGAAACAUUUCAUUUCCCUACUAGUCCACUGAGUCAUCAGAGAUAAAAGUUACUUGUUGGUUUAAAUUUAGUACUAAGAAACUAAAUUUAACAACUAAAUUUCUUUCAACAGAGAAGAAAAAGCACAGAGUGAACUUUUAUAAAAGGUGGGAAAUUAUAGAAUCAUUAUUAUAGAUACAGAUAACACUAGUAGCAAGAAGUUGGUGUUUUCUCUGAUUUUACUUAAUAUUAAGAAAAGUUUUGGUGACUCUGAACUCAUUUGAUUACCAUUUGUGUUUUAAAAGAAUAGUACUCAACAUUAAGAGAUAGUAAUUGCCCUUGAUCCUUAAUAAGGUUCAUAUUUUAAUAGAUAAUGAUAGUUAAAUAUACAUUCUCUGCAUAACUAUGAGGUUGAUUGGGGAAAUAAUACACACUAGACUUAGUUGUAUCCUGGGAAUAUUAUAGCUGGUAACCAGCUGAUAUCGAUUCUCACUAUAGAAUGGUUAUGAUGUUGGUGGUAGUGAUAGCAACAAUAGUGGUGGCAAUGAUAUGAAGUAAAAUAAAUUAUUUGUUACUAUAUUGUGCCCAGUUUCUUAGAAAUGAUUUAAUCAAUGCUUCAUUUCAUUAAAGUAUCAUAAAGAUGUUUAUAGUAUUUUUUUACUUUAUUAUUUAAAUCAUAACUAAUGAUAUUUUUAAAAACUUAUUUUAAUUGCUAUAAUGUCAAAUAGUCCAAAAUUAGCCAACUACAGCUACAUGUGUUUAUAACUAUAAGUAUGAAAGAAGUGACUUUCCCUCUUUUUGAGUUUGAAAUGAAAGUGAAAGCUCAAUAAGUAAUCACGAGCUUUUCCCUUAAUAAUUAUUUGCCUUUACUGUAACACAAGAAUGAAUGAAUGAGUGAUACCUAUAUUCUUGUUGACUAUGACAUAUUGAUGUUUUCUGUAUGUUUCAUGUGGCUAUUAUUGAAGAUUCACAUUAAACAAAAAUCAUUUAAUCAAGUUCUUUAUCUGAUAGGUAGACUGAGAACAUUUUCUGAAUCUGUUCUCCUGUAUAUAACUAGACAUUUGGUAACAUAGCAAAAGGUAGAGCUAGCCCCAUCCUUCAGAAGUCAGCAUGUGACUGUGAUUAUCAUUCGACUGUGUCUGUGAUGUGCUCAGGUGCUCCCACUACUGAUUAAUGUGUGUGCUAAUAUCUUAACAACACAUCUGUUUAAAAAUGGUGUUUCUUGUCUAAGAAAAGUUUAAAACCUAAUAAAAUUUAUUUCCAAUAAAACAUGAAGUUCUUGGAGAUGUGUCUCGUUUCUGACGAUAUGUUGCAUGCUUUCUUGGUGAUUUGCUAAUCUUUUUAUUAUUUUCUUGUUUACUCAACAGUCUGAAAAGUUUAAGGAACAAAUGCUAAUUCUUGGGCUAGUGAUUGUAUAAACUGACCUGAAAAUAAAUGACAAUUGUGUAGAGACAAAAUGCUUGUAAAUCUGUCUUGAGUUUUGUUCUAUGUAAAAACAUGUCUUGGUUUUGUGACUGUACACAGUUGUAUCUUGAUAAUUUAUGUAAACUGUGCUGUAUAAAGGCUGUUGUAUCAGCCUUACUAAUAAAUACUGAAAAUAU